GUGACCACUGUCUGACCAUGUGCAUAAUGAACAAAAGAAGAACAAAAGUGCGUGUAAUUUAGGUCUAGUGGUGCCGCAUUGAUCAUGCACGAUAUGAAAGUCCAGUCCACACGUUGUUUCAAAACUACAAAAAGGCCGUCUGCCUGUCUACUCGUUCUUUACUUUCCCCGUCUGAUUUUCAACUGCUUCAAGGCCUGGUCCUGAUUGCAAUUAGUGCUCUAGCUAGCACCUAUUCACAACUUUCGCUUUCAAGUUCAUUCACUCACUGUCGACGUCCAUCUUUUUUAAAACUUUUGAUCAUCAUGAAAUUUUCUCUGGCGAUAGCUUCUCUGCUGGCGCUGCCGUUUGCAGCUGCCGCCCCAACUUGCUCUCUCAAAUCUUCAUCUGCUGCUAGUGCCACCACACCUACAUCGACUGCCACUACACCUUCCUCGACUGCUACCUCCCCAGGGUCUACUUCCACGCCUGCGAACCCUGGCAAUGGCUCUAUCGCAAUGGCUUGGUUUGCUAACUGGCACACCGACUACACGGUUGCCGACAUUACGUGGAAGGGCUUCAACAGAAUAGCUUACUUCGGAGCUAUCACCUCCGCUAAUGGUGCCGCUACAAUGACUGUCGGUGACAGCGAUCCUAGCGGCCCUGUCACCUUCGUCACUGCCGCCAAGCAAAAUAACGUUGUCCCUGUAUUGACUGUUGGUGGUUGGGAUGGUUCCAUAUAUUUCUCAUCGUCUAUGUCCACCUCAAGCAACCGUACGACUUUCGUCCAGUCGAUCGUCAGCAUGGUGAACCAGUAUGGCUUCGAAGGUGUUGAGUUCGACUGGGAGUACCCUGGUAGCACCAACGGUCUUUCUUGCAACACACAGUCGUCUCAGGAUACUGCCAAUCUUCUGUCUACGCUCCAGGAACUGAAGACAGCGUUGCCGAAUGUCUCUUUCUCUGCUGCUACCCCUGUUAACCCAUGGAACGAUGCUACUGGGACCCCAUCGACUGACCUAUCCAGUUUUGCCCAGGUUUUGGAUUACAUUGAAAUCAUGAACUACGACGUGUACGGCGACACUUUCAGCAAGGUUGUGGGCCCCAACUCUCCUUUAGACGACUCCUGUGCUCCAACUGCUGACCAAACUGGCUCUGCGACUUCCGCCGUCAAGCUCUGGACUGCCGCAGGGUUCUCUGCUAAACAGAUCAUUCUUGGUGUACCUAGCUACGGACACGGCUACUCCAUUAGCCAAUCUGCAGCUGUCCAGAAUAACAACACGUUGGCCUCAUACCCCAGUUUUAACACCAACAACCCCGUCACCGGUGACAGCUGGGAUGCUGCCGGUCCAGACGCUUGCGGCGUUAAUCAACCUGCUUCCGGGGACUUCAACUUCUGGGGACUCAUUAAUGCCGGUUUCCUGAACCAGGACGGUAGUGUUGCUUCCGGUAUGAUCAGCACCUUCAACAACUGCAGCCAGACGCCCUACGUCUACAACCCUAACACACAAGUCAUGGUAGCCUAUGACAACGCCCAAUCCUUCACCGCGAAGGGCAACUUCAUUACACAGUCUGGCCUGGCUGGUUUCGCCCUGUGGGAGAUGGGCGGCGACUACAACAACAUUCUUUUGAACGCCAUCAAUGGAGCUAUCUCUGGCUCGUCAUGAUUACCACCCUGCGAUGAUUGAUUCAUCCGCAUCUCACACUGACGCUACUCACCAUACCAAAUAUUGUACAGCACUGCGGUGGAUCCGCUCAAGUUGCCCAGAGUUUUGAUAUUACCUGCUGGGAUCGGGGUCAUCUGGAAUGCCAUGUUACGGGCUUAUAUUCGCAUUUGUAUUACUUGCUCAACAUGCAUCAUUUGUUGUACUCGGUGUAUCUUAUAUACUAACAUCUGCUAUGAAAUGCUACUUGGUUUGUGGAAAGAUA